UUCCAAUAAAGUGACGAGCGGCCAACAGAAGCCGCUUCACUUUAUGCUGUUCGUCUGUCUCCCUGUUAGUUUAGAGCGUGUGCUUUGCUAGACAAAUUUUGUUUUUUUUUUAAACUCCUUCACUCUUUUAUUUGUCAAAAUGCAGUCUGUUCGCUCGCCUCUUUCCGUCUACAACGAGAACAAGUUGAGCGGUGACGUAAGCACCAUGUCGCUGGAUAAAGAAAACACGCCUCCGAGCCUGAGCACUGCGCGCAUCUUGGCGUCGAAAACCGCGCGCAAAAUUUUCUCCGACACUCCGAACAAAGGUGUUAAGAGUGGCGGUGAGGAGGUGGAACCUCUACUGAAGGACAACCCCCGCCGCUUUGUCAUCUUCCCCAUCCAGUACCACGACAUCUGGCGCAUGUACAAGAAGGCCGAGGCGUCUUUCUGGACAGCAGAAGAGGUGGACCUGUCCAAGGACCUGCAGCACUGGGAGACUCUGAAGGAAGACGAGAAGUUCUUCAUCUCUCACGUGUUGGCCUUCUUCGCCGCCAGCGACGGCAUCGUCAACGAGAACCUGGUGGAGCGCUUCACACAGGAAGUGCAGGUGACGGAGGCGCGCUGUUUCUACGGUUUCCAGAUCGCCAUGGAGAACAUUCACUCUGAGAUGUACAGCCUCCUCAUUGACACCUAUAUCAAAGACCCCAAAGAAAGAGAGUACCUCUUCAACGCCAUCGAGACCAUGCCGUGUGUUAAGAAGAAGGCUGACUGGGCGCUAAACUGGAUCGGUAACAAGAACGCCACCUAUGGUGAGCGUGUGGUGGCCUUUGCUGCCGUGGAGGGGAUCUUUUUCUCUGGCUCCUUUGCUGCCAUCUUCUGGCUGAAGAAACGUGGCCUGAUGCCCGGCUUGACGUUCUCCAACGAGCUCAUCAGCAGAGAUGAGGGUCUCCACUGCGACUUCGCUUGUCUGAUGUUCAAGCACCUGCUCAACAAGCCAUCCGUCCACACAGUCACCACCAUCAUCAAGAACGCGGUGGAGAUUGAACAGGAGUUCCUGACUCAGGCACUGCCUGUCAAUCUCAUCGGGAUGAACUGCAAGCUAAUGAAGCGUUACAUAGAGUUUGUCGCCGACAGGCUGAUGAUGGAGCUCGGCUUUGACAAGAUAUACCGUGUGGAGAACCCCUUUGACUUCAUGGAAAACAUCUCUCUGGAGGGAAAGACCAACUUCUUUGAGAAGCGUGUUGGCGAGUACCAGAGAAUGGGUGUCAUGGCCGCCACCACUGGCAACACCUUCACGCUGGAUGCUGACUUCUGACCACACACACUCCUCUGCAGCUCCUGGAUUGUGUCUUUUAUUGUAAAUAGCUUUUUCUAAUAAAAUGUAUUUAUGUCUUAUGUUUGUCUUGGUGACCUGAUGAUGGUUGAAUUGUUGAC